UCGUUUCCGCCUUCUCACGCCCACGAAGAGCUGCCGCCAUCCCCGUUCUCUUUCCCGACUCCGAGAGUCCCGGGAGCUGGGGGAAGGGGUUGCCCGCAGAGAUUGGGGCCAGGACCCGGGGUGAGGCGGGACUUCCGCGUCCCGCCGGAAGUGAUGCGACAGUCGCGACCGCCGCCAGGUGGAACGGCAGGUGGGUUCAGGUGCCAGCCUGGCCUGGACCCGGCCUGGGACUGACGCUUCCGUUCCCCGUCCCCCUCCCGAGCUGGGCAGUUAGCCAGCCCACCCCGACUCCCGGAACCAUGUUUGCAGACUUGGAUUAUGACAUCGAGGAGGACAAACUUGGAAUCCCUACCGUGCCCGGGAAGGUGACCCUGCAGAAGGACGCUCAGAACCUGAUCGGCAUCAGCAUUGGAGGAGGGGCCCAGUACUGUCCCUGCCUCUAUAUUGUCCAGGUAUUUGACAACACCCCAGCAGCCUUGGACGGCACGGUGGCAGCUGGCGAUGAGAUCACUGGUGUCAAUGGCAGGUCAAUCAAAGGGAAAACCAAGGUAGAGGUGGCGAAGAUGAUUCAGGAGGUGAAGGGGGAGGUGACCAUCCACUACAACAAGCUGCAGGCAGACCCCAAGCAGGGCAUGUCCCUGGACAUCGUGCUGAAGAAGGUCAAACACCGGCUGGUGGAGAACAUGAGCUCGGGGACUGCAGAUGCCCUGGGCCUGAGCCGGGCCAUCCUGUGCAACGAUGGGCUUAUCAAGCGGCUGGAGGAGCUGGAGCGGACCGCCGAGCUCUACAAAGGGAUGACGGAGCACACCAAGAACCUCCUGCGGGCCUUCUAUGAGCUGUCGCAGACCCACCGGGCCUUUGGGGACGUGUUCUCUGUGAUUGGGGUGCGGGAGCCCCAGCCAGCCGCGAGCGAGGCGUUCGUGAAGUUUGCCGAUGCCCACCGCAGCAUAGAGAAGUUUGGCAUUCGGCUGCUGAAAACCAUCAAGCCGAUGCUUACGGACCUGAAUACUUACCUCAACAAAGCCAUCCCCGACACCCGGCUCACCAUCAAGAAGUACCUGGACGUGAAGUUUGAGUACCUGUCGUACUGUCUGAAGGUGAAGGAGAUGGACGACGAGGAGUACAGCUGCAUCGCCCUAGGGGAGCCCCUGUAUCGGGUGAGCACAGGCAACUACGAGUACCGCCUGAUCCUGCGCUGCCGCCAGGAGGCCCGCGCCCGCUUCUCCCAGAUGCGCAAGGACGUGCUGGAGAAGAUGGAGCUGCUGGACCAGAAGCAUGUCCAGGACAUCGUGUUCCAGCUGCAGCGCUUCGUGUCCACCCUGUCCAAGUACUACACCGACUGCUACGCCGUGCUGCGCGGUGCCGACGUCUUCCCCAUCGAGGUGGACCUGGCGCACACCACGCUGGCCUACGGCCUCGCCCAGGACGGCUUCACCGAUGGGGAGGACGACGAUGAGGAUGAGGAGGAGGACACGGCGGCCACUGAGCCGUCUCGGGACAUAGGAGGGGCUGGCGGGCCCCUGGACAAGGGUGGCAGCUGGUGUGACUCCUGAGGGCCGCGCCGGGUGCGGAGCUGGGGGGUAGGGUGAGUGGGAGGAGCAGCGUGGGAGCUGGGGGGCCGCGGCAGAGGCGCUUAAAGGCCUGCGGCUUGGGGCGCCUGCCUCUCCGCGCCUCUUCUAGCACAGCGACCCAGGCCCCUGCCCAGGGAAGGCGCCAGGCACCUAGACACCGGCCCUCCGUCCUUUCUUCCUCCCCAGCCAGAGGGAGCACUCCGUGUCUGACCCUGCCCGGGGAAGGAGAGCGGGCAGGGAGAGGAGGGGUCGGAGGUGGCAGGAGGUCCAGGUCCGACCCCGUGGCACCAUCGCUGGCCCCCGGAGCGUGCCGGGAGUGGCCGGGGGUGAACAGCCUUCAGCUGGCCCGGCUGGCCCCAGCCAGUGCGCACGUACACCUCGGCGGCCUUUAUUUAUUUCGUCCCCCAGCCCAGCCGCUUCUCUGGAAAAGGGCUGGGCACCGGGCUGUCUUGAAUAAACACAAACCCAGAUGGA